CAUCCAUGGGAAGUGACAGAGGCUCUCAGCUCCUGCCUAGCUCACCAGCAGCACUGGGCUCGGUUCACCACUGAGUCUGCAACUCUGCAACUAGAGAAUCUACAAAUUAAAACGCUAAGGGGAAAAGGAAUACACCUCUUUCAGCACCUAUCAUCCCUCACAGCACAUGUAAGUUAUUCGACCAGGCUCUUUCGCAGCUGAAAAACGGCAAAGACUUGAAGUGAUGCCCCGCAUCAAGGUUGCUGAAGUGGAUUACGAUGUCUGUUUUUGGACUUAAUUCCCCAAACGAUGGUCCAGGCAACACACACAGCUAGUGAGGAUUAAAGAGAAGCAUCACCUCAUUGACCGGUCUGCUCCAAUUCAUUCUCCAACCAUAACUUCCGAAGCCACCAGUCUGUCUCAGCGUCCCACCAGGAGUCCCCGCCGCAAGAAGGACAUGCAAGGUCACAACUAAGGGGGUCAGGGGCCUAGGGUCGUGGGGCAGUGGAACAGCUCACGGAUCUCUAUCUCACAUUUCAGUAUGUUGUUCAUGGAGCUCCACUGCAUUGCAUUAUAAUGCCCAAAUGGAUGCUGACAUGGAACCUGCCAAAUUUGCUCUCGGGACUGUACGUGCACAUGAUCUUCCUGUUUGGCAGUGUGUGUGUGGCCUGUAGUGACCGUACUCCAGAGCAACUGGCUGCCAUCAUGAACUGCUCCAAGCACGAGCGCCACACCAGGAACUACGACUACAUGGAAGGAGGGGACGUGCGCAUCCGACAACUGUUCAGUCGCACGCAGUGGUUCCUAACCAUUGACGACUACGGCAACAUCAAUGGAACUCAAGACCCCACCAACUGCUACAGUAUCCUGGAGAUCCGGACGGUGUCUGAGGGGGGUAUAUUGGCUAUCAAGGGGGUGAAGAGUCAGUAUUAUAUCUCCAUGAACAAGAAUGGGCAGCUGCAAGGCAAGAAGAUCUACAAUGAGAACUGCAACUUCAAGGAGGUUUUCCUAGAAAAUUACUUCAAUGCUUACUCCUCUGCAAAGUGGACGGUAACUGGCAAAGAAAUGUUCAUAGCCCUGUCUCAAAAGGGAAGGCCAUUGCGGGGGAAGAAGACCAGGAGGGAGCACAUAGCAUCUCACUUCAUCCCUAUGAAAUGUAGGGAUGAGGAGAGGCGGGUGGACUGACAAACCCAAGGACUUAUGAGCAGCAUAUCAUGUAUGGUUUCAACCACAUAUACCAGUAAAAGUGUCUCGACACAGAACUGACAUAAUCUUAGUACCCACAUCAUGGUCUACUCUCCUACUUGUUGAAUUGUGAAUUAGUCAUUUGAUGUCCCGAACAUUUUUGGCAUAUUUAUGAGAAAUCAACAAAGACACAUUAGGAACGUUUGAAAAUUUCCCAGAAAGAUUCCAGUUGAAAAAAAAUCUAACCGCGUUGAUACAAUUUCCUCCAGAGGAUCUUAUGCUUACUUUAUGGUCAGCUGAAAUAGAAAUGAUGAAACCAUCAAAUUCGAAUCAGUUAUGAUGGUUAAGUAUGUCUCCUUAUAGCACAUUUGAAUAUCUCUUUAUGAAAGUUUCUGUAUAACAAGAAGUCAUCUAUCAACAGCCAGAAAAAGGGACCUGGUUAUCCACAAAAAAGGCCCAAAACCAAGAUUAACAUCCAAGUUACUUGUCUCGAGCUAUAAGAGGAAGCAAGCUGGACUUUCUUUCUUAUUGUGGCGUGAGUGCACAGAGCACCAUAAACAGAGCCCUGGUGACAUUGCAUCCAGCACAUUCAGUGAAUUUGUGUCACCUUUUUUGAUGAACUGUUGAUCUGUUAUCUAGUCCUUAAUGCUCGUGGGCUGGACUUGGGUCACAUGCAUUAUAGCUGCUCACUGCCUCCCUCUUCAUUAUCAAGGUGUGACUCUAAGAUGUUAGAAUACUCUGCUGCUGCUGCUGACGAGCUAUAAAGAUUAAAAUACAAAUACAAAGUGAACACCAUUUUAAAUGUGUAUGUUAUGCAAUUCAUUUUUUUUCGGCCUCACAACUAAUGAUCAUAUAAAUGUUUCACGUGAAAUUCUAUUCCCUUUCCAUAUAUGUAAAACCACUAUUUAUUUGAGAGUUGUUUUUUUAACUGUUAGGACAUUCCAAUUUUUUCACCAGAUCUGACAGUCAUCCUGCAAAGAAGCAUUGAAAGUAUUUACCAGAAGGGCCACUUAUGUAAUUAAUUUUUCGAAUAUAUAUAUAUAUAUAUAUA